AGCAAAUCCAGUAAUUCAGUAUUUUUAAAAGUUGAGAGGAAAGUCUUUACAGGGGAAGAAGGAAUCGCUUUUCUGUCCUGAAUCAGUGGAUAGAGAACAAACCCUUCAGCAAGAAGAGAAGCAACUGGAACACCCUUAUGUAAAUGGAUAACCAGGUCCCUCCCAGGAAAGUUCCAAAUUUUUGUUCCAUUCGUUAUGGAAUUGCUCUCUUACUGCUCCUCUGUAAUGUUAUAAUAAUGUCACAGCGCGUGUGUAUGAGCCUCACAAUGAUAACCAUGGUGAACAGCACAGAGCCACAUGGUUUGUCCAACACCUCCACAAAGGAGCCACAGGAUAACAUAAAGAAAAAGAAGAAGCAGGUCAAGCUGUGGAGCUUGGAACAUUUCUUUGACACAUUCACCCCUACCCCCACCCCCCAUGGAACCUGCUGCUAUAAUCCAGGACAGUUGAUCUUCUUCAAAUAUGAGUCACAGAAAAGGAUUUCAGUUUGCUGUUCUACAAAGAACCCUGUGUAUAACUGGAGCACUGAAAUCCAGGGGAUCAUGUUAAGUUCCAUCUUCUACGGUAUACUCAUCAGCCAAAUUCCUGCUGGAUAUUUAUCUGGAAUAUACUCCUUAAAGAAAAUGGUUGGUUCUGCAUUGUUCCUCAGCUCUCUAUUUACUCUGCUUAUCCCACUGGCAGCUGAAUUUGGAGAAGCUUUGGUCAUCAUAUGCCGAGUAAUCCAGGGACUAUUCCAGGGGAUAGCAUUAACAACUCAGCAAGUAGUAUGGAUCAAGUGGGCUCCUCCCUUGGAACAAGUCCGACUUACCUCUCUGAGUUUAUCAGGACUUCUGCUAGGACCCUGUGUUGUCCUACUUAUAACUGGAUUCAUCUGUGACUCCCUGGGAUGGCCUAUGGUCUUUUAUAUUUUUGGUGCUUGUGGUUGUGCCUUAAGUCUUCUCUGGUUCAUUCUGUUUUAUGAGGAUCCAAAGGACCACCCGUGUAUAAGCAAAAGUGAGAAGGAAUACAUCACGUCCGCCCUCGCCCAGCAGGUCAGUUCAAGUGCAUCAUCUCUGCCCAUCAAGGCUAUGCUUAAGUCUCCUCCACUGUGGGUCAUUUCCCUCUGUAAUUUUGCUUUUUUCUGGGCAAAUAGCUUCCUGAGUCUGUAUACACCAAUGUUUAUCAACUCCAAGUUUCACAUUAAUGUAAAAGAGAAUGGGCUGCUGUCUUCCCUCCCCCAUUUGUUUGCCUGGAUUUUUGCUAUCCUAGCAGGUCAUAUGUCAGACGUCUUCCUGUCCAGGAAUAUUCUCAGCCUACUCACCAUCCGGAAACUCUUCACCUUGCUAGGACUUCUCCUGCCUGCCCUCUUCAGCCUGUGCCUGCUUUUCCUGAGUUCCAGCUUCCAUGGCACUAUGAUUUUCCUGAUACUUGCUAAUGCAACAGGAAGCUUUUGUAUGGGUGGAAUAUUAAUAAAUGUCUUGGAUAUUGCUCCCAGAUAUUAUGGAUUUCUUAAAGGAUUUACAAAUGUAAUUGGACUAACAGGAGGACUGGUUGCUUCCACUGUGACUGGAGUGAUCCUUAGUCAGGAUCAAGGCUCUCCCUGGCUUAAAAUCUUCUUCAUGAUGGUAGCCAAUAAUGUGAUAAGCCUAAUCUUCUACCUUAUAUUUGCUAAAGCAGAAAUUCAAGACUGGGCUAAAGAAACACAAAACACUUAUCUCUGAAGGUAUAAAAGACCUUCCAUUGGAUGAGACAUUGGCUUCCCUGAGACCAAGGUAUCUCCCAUGUAAUUUGGUGGUUCAUUACCUGAAGAUGAAGUAUGUCCUAUUGACUGUGAACGGUCCAUGGAUGGUCCCUGGGAGCUAUAUUUGGAAGUCUCAGUCAUCUGAUAUUUACCUAUAUCAGAGGUGGAUGUUUCUCCUGCUAUCCUGUAUCCUCUACCUUUAUUAAAGCCUUA